UCAUAACGCACUUGCAAUGAGAGAGCGAGAGAGCAAGCACGCGCCCUACAGGCCGUUCACGGAAGUUCCACAUCCGAGCCAUAUUCCUGGUUGAAGGCUACUGCACAUAACAUCGGACUAUUUGUAAUUACUGCUCCACGCCAUCCUUAUGCACAAAUGAUCGUCCACGUAUAACGAGGGAGAGCGAGCGAGGGAGAGACAGUGAGACAGUUUUAAGACUAAAGUGUUGUUAGAAGAAAGAUAUGCAUUGAUUAAUACAUAAGAGGAGGCAUAUGUGGAACUAAAAAAAAUAAACGUAUUAUUUAAUAAGUUAAAAGAGAUGUCAUCAUUCUGCCAUACCACGUUUUGGAUGCACGCUAUUUGAAACCACAUUAUAUCGUGUACCAUGGCAAUAACUUGUCUCUUGUUUAACACAGAAACCCUUUCAAAAGCAAGUGCGUUUUAACUGCCGGCGAUUUAUCUCAAUCUAAAAACCCAAUUAUAUUCACAUAUUUAUAUAAAUCAGAUAGGCCUCCCAUAAACAUUAUCCAAUAACUCACAUCAUUAUUAUUAUUCACGUGUUUCGAGUAAGAAAUGACUGAUUGAGCGUGAAGGCAACACGCCAUCCUCAUUGCGGUCACGUGCCACAUAUAUGCGGAAGUAGAGAACCGUUGCUUCGCUGUCUGUUUGCUAAUCAUUUGGGGUCGGAUGCUAGCACGGAUCGCCUUGCUGACGUUGAUUCUUUCUGCAGCCGUCAACCAGUAAACCAGACCCAUGGUUAUGAUGAGCCAGAAGCAGUGCCUGGAGGGACAGGUUUACUCUGUGCCUCUCAUCCAGUCGGACCUGAGGAGAGAGGAGGCUGUCCAUCAGAUAGCGGAUGCAUUACUCUACCUGGAGACCAUUUCUACGGAUAUUUUCAGAAGGGUGUCCGACAGUGUGGAGAAGAACCGGCGCCAGCUGCAGAGUGUUACUGACAGGAUCAGACUGGCUCAGGCCCGCGUCGACAAGAUCAAAGGCAGUAAGAAGGCCACCAAGGUUUUCUCCAGCGCAAAGUACCCGGCUCCAGAUCGCCUUCGGGAUUACUCGUCUAUUUUUAUUGAGGCUACAGACCCCUCCUCACAAACUCGCCCCCGACAUAGGAUACAGAAUAAACUUCAACCCUUUGAUGAGACGGCUUUGCAGGAGAAAUUGAUGUAUUUCCCAGUGUGUGUGAGCAAAAAGAAGAAGUCUGAGGAUGAGACAGAGGAGGGACUUGGCAGUCUGCCACGCAACAUUUCGUCUGUCAGCUCACUGUUGCUCUUUAAUACUACAGAGAACCUAUAUAAGAAAUAUGUGUUCCUCGAUCCUCUGGCCGGAGCCGUGACAAAAACACACAGAACACUAGAGACGGAGAAAGAAGAGAAGCCGUUUGAUGCGCCGUUGUCCAUCACAAAGAGGGAACAGUUGGAUAGACAGACGGCAGAGUCUUAUUUCUAUGUGCCAGACCUGGGUCAGGUGCCCGAAAUAGAUGUGCCAUCUUACCUGCCUGACCUUCCAGGCAUCGCAGACGACCUCUCCUACAGCGCAGACCUCGGACCCGGCUUUGCCCCAUCAGGACCCACACACAUUAUCCCUGAUCUGCCCACUUUCGCAGAGGAGAGCGAUGCACAUGCCUCUCAGCUCCAACCCAUGGUUCCACCUCCUCCACCACCUCCCCCCCCUCCUCCCGAGCCUGCCCUCGCUCCUGCCAUUCCUGCAGGACCACCUCCUCCUCCUCCCCCUCGGCCUCCCCCACCUCCCCUUGACAGCCCCACGCGGGUCCCUCAGGCGUCAAACUCAGGCCCCGUGUCUGAGCCGUCGGACGGCCGUGCCAAUCUCCUGGAGUCCAUCCGCAAUGCCGGCGGCAUCGGCAAGGCCCAGUUACGCAACGUCAAAGAGCGCAAGAUGGAGAAGAAGAAACAGAAGGAGCAAGAGCAAGCAGUGGGCGCUGCAUCUAGUAGUGGAGACUUUAUGUCUGAUCUCUUCAACAAACUCUCCAUGCGGAGGAAAGGCAUUUCUGGGAAGGAUCCAGCUGCUGGCGAGCCGGGCAAAACGCCAGCUGGUACUGGUGGUGCAUUUGCCAGGAUGUCUGAUGUCAUCCCACCGCUUCCUUCUCCUCAUGUGACAACAGACGACGAUGACUGGGAGGCAUAACCGUAGAAAUGAUAUGAUGAUGCUAAUGAGCGCAAUGAAGAGGAUGGAAGAGCUCAUUCCACGGUAAUGAAAAUAGGUUCCUCUUUUCAGGGGAUCAUUCAACAGUGAUAACAUACGUGUUAACAUGUUACACACUGGCCCUUACUCAGUCAACAGUUUUGCACAGUGAACAAACAUUCGUUAUAAGUCCUUUGGUUUGUCCCACCUGUUCAACAAAACAUCCCUAAAAAUCCAAUAAUCAACAUUUUUAUUGAUAAUGAUGUAUUGUACAAUAUUAAAUUAUACAAGUGUUAAGACUGAAUGCACUGAAACCAUUUUACUAACAUCUUGCAUAGUCCUUUUUUUGCAUUACAUAACAGAAUAAAAUGCAUUAAAUAUUUAACAUAUUCUUCAAGGCUAAAUUAGUUACAAGGAUGUCAUCGCUGUGUCUGAUGUCUUUGGAGAAGCUGCUUCAGUUAUUCAUUUAAAAAUAUCUGUUCCAGACUAAAUUCUAAGACAUUGCAGGACUGAUGUAUUGUUUCAAUCUGAUAAAAAACCUUUUGACAUCA